CUUGCGACCCUGCAGCCUCUUUUCUCCUUCUCCACCUUCCAUCUUCCAUCCCAGCAGCACCUCAUGGCAAGCUGGUCAAUACCGCUGCGUCGAUCGGCGCUCACUGCGAGGCAAUCAUCAAGAUGCCUUGUCGCCUCUUCUUCACGACUGCAGCUGGAACAGCGUCGCUCGUACUCGAUCCCGGUCUCGUCGUCCCCCUUCCCCGUAGCCUCAAUACCCCCGCCUCUCAAGGGCAUCCGUGUCCUCGACUUGACGCGCAUCCUCGCUGGUCCCUACUGUACCAUGCUACUCUCCGAUCUCGGCGCUGAUGUCAUCAAAGUAGAAGACCCACAGGGCGGGGACGGGACACGCAGCUGGCUGCCCCCGGCUGCUCCCACUCUGGAUCCACAGCAUUUCCCUAAAGGCCUGGCGCAAGAGGAGGCGCAAAGAUGGCUCGAACUACCGCCAGAGUCAGCCUACUUUCUCAGCGUCAACAGGGGGAAGAGAUCUCUUACGCUUGACUUGAGGCAGAGAGGGGCCCAGGAUAUCAUUCAGCGGUUGAUUCGCGAGUCGGACGUCGUCGUCGAGAAUUACCUGCCGGGCAAGCUUGCCAAAUUCGGCUUGGGAUACGAGCAGGUCAAGGCGAUCAAGCCGGACAUCAUUUAUGCUAGCUUGACGGGGUAUGGGCAAUCGGGGCCGUACAGUACCAGUCCGGGGUACGACGUGAUCAUUGCUGCGGAUGCUGGGUUGAUGCAUAUCACGGGUGAAGCCGACCGACCUCCAGUCAAGAUUGGCGUCGCAAUGACCGACCUCACGACGGGCCUGUAUAUCCAUGGUGCAAUCAUGGCUGCUCUCAUCGGGCGAUCCCAGACAGGCAAAGGAGUCCAUAUCGAUGCCUCCCUCUUCGAGUCGCAAAUCGCUUCCUUGGCGAAUGUGGCUUCCUCCUUCCUCGUUGCUGGAACAGAGGGAGGCAGACACGGUAGUGCUCAUCCUUCAAUCGUGCCAUACAAGGUCUUCGAGACGAAGGACUCACCCAUCAUGAUCGGAGGAGGAAAUGAUAGACAAUACAAGACGCUAGUAGAGGCCAUGGGCCGACCUGAGCUGGCUACGGACCCCUUGUUCAGGACGAACUCCGACAGAGUCAAGAAUCGACAAGCGUUGGAGCCAUUGCUGCAGUCUAUCUUUGAUGAACAACCGAUUGACUACUGGAUGCAGCGGCUGGAGGGUAAGUUGCCUGUCGCGCCGAUUCGCAACAUCAGGCAGACAUUCGAGGAGCACCCGCAGAGCAAGGCAAGAGGGGUCGUCACAGAGCUGGACCACCCGAGAAUUGGCAAGGUGAAAGUGACCAGCCCGGCGGUGCAUUAUGGCGAGGGGAGAAUGCCUAUCUCACGGCCGCCCCCUGUGUUAGGCCAGCACUCGUCCGAAGUGCUGCAGGAGUUGGGCUACUCGGGAGAGGAGGUGAAAGAGUUCAGAGCCGCGGGGGCCGUAGGCGCAGGGGCAUGA